AGCGAACGCAAGGGAUGGGUGCGACAGAAUAACUGACAGCAAAAAGAGAGAGAAAUGGGAAAGAGCAAGGUUCUAAUAGUUGGGGCUACCGGGUACAUCGGCCAGAGGAUUGUGAAAGCAAGCUUAGCCCAAGGACACAUAACCUAUGUUCUUCAACGCCCUGAGUUAGGGCUUGACAUUGAGAAGCUGCAAAAGCUGUUGUCGUUUAAAAGACAAGGAGCUUACAUAGUUGAAGGCUCCUUUUCUGAUCAUCAAAGUCUAGUGCAAGCUGUGAAGAAGGUUGAUGUUGUCAUUUGCACCGUUUCAGGUGGCAAUUCUCAGAACCGUAAUCUUUUGUUGCAGCUCAAACUUGUUGAGGCCAUAAAAGAAGCAGGAAACAUCAAGCGUUUUUUGCCUUCAGAGUUUGGUACUGAUCCAUCGCGUAUGGGACAUGCACUCGAACCUGGAAAUGUGACAUUUGAUCAAAAAAUGGAAGUGAGAAGGGCAAUAGAAAAUGCUAAGAUACCCUUCACUUAUGUCUCUGCAAAUUGUUAUGCCGGUUACUUUGUUGGCAACCUCUCACAACUUGGGACACUCUCUCCUCCAAGAAAUAAAGUGUUCCUCUAUGGGGAUGGCAAUGUCAAGGCUGUUUACAUGGAAGAAGAUGACAUUGCCACAUACACAAUUAAAACAAUAGAUGAUCCUCGAACUUUGAACAAAACAUUGUACCUCCGGCCACCGGAAAACAUUCUCUCGCAAAGGCAACUAGUUGAGAUGUGGGAAAAUCUCAGUGGCAAAAGCCUAGAAAAGAUAAGUAUUUCUGCAGAAGAAUUCUUAGACUCCAUGAAAGAUGCGGAUUAUGAAGCCAAAGUAGGAAUUGGGCACUUCUAUCACUUUUUUUACGAGGGUUGUUUGGCAAACUUUGAAAUAGGAAAAGAUGGAGAAGAAGCUUCAAAUCUUUAUCCAGAAGUGAAGUAUACUCGCAUGGAUGAGUAUUUAAAGAUUUAUCUUUAAUAAUGAUCAGUCAUUUUGGCAAAGGGCAAGUCAUAUCCUUAUUUUUGCAUGGACGAGAAUUUAAAGGUGUAUCUUUAAUCAUAAUAAGUCAUUUUGACGAAUAAUAUGUCAUGUUCCUAUAUAGUAUUCGUUAUCUUCAAAAAAAAAAACAAAAAAAAAGAUGUAUGGAUGGCUUUUGUUUCUCUGAUUUAUAAGUGUUUAAAUGCAUAAAUUUAUUCA